UCACAUCCUGUGUGCAAUUGAGAUCAUCUGUGUAGAGGUAUGAGCAUGUACGCGCGGCACAUCAUCCUCUAUUCUGCUCUCACUGUAUUCAAAACCCAUUGACGCUCAUCUGGCGUCCUUCACCGCUCGUGGAAUAAAAGCGGAGCAGUUAGCUUUUAAAGGGGAAGCGUGCGUUCGCGGUCGAAUAACAAAGAAAGCCGCUGCUUUAUUGAAACAUGUAGGACGAAUCUGUGACGUCGCCGCUGCAUAUCGCGUUACGUCACACGCUGGUAAAUCCGUCGCGUUUCGUCGUGCGCCGAUUGGACUGCGAUCUGUUUGCCAAUAAAGCGGAACGCGGUCGGCGUGUACGCGCGUGUUUGUGGAAUGACACAAUUACGCGACGUUUAUCCGCUCGUCUCGCGCAGCAGCUGAUGUUUGAUGGACGUCGAGCGGCUUGAUUCCACCGCCGUGAAGGAUGAAAAACCGCGAGUAUCAGCAAAUAGAUCCUCAGGCACUCGCGACACCAACCCCGACCCCUCCGCCGCGAUCUCUGCCAGAGCACAAGCCCAGACGAGCCCGGAGAAAAUGGGAGGUGUUUCCCGGGAAGAACCGCUUCUACUGUGACGGUCGCAUCAUCGUGGCGCGUCAGAGCGGCGUGUUGCCGCUCACGCUGGGACUCAUCCUGCUCACCAGCGGACUCUUCUUUAUAUUCGACUGCCCGUUCCUGGUGAAACACCUCACCAGCUGCAUCCCGGCCAUCGGAGGGGUGCUUUUUGUGUUUGUGAUCAUCUCCCUCCUACAGACCAGCUUCACGGAUCCAGGGAUUCUGCCCCGGGCCACUCCAGAGGAGGCUGCAGACAUUGAGAAACAAAUCGACAACCCGACGGGCUCAUCCUCAUCUUACCGCCCCCCUCCGCGCACUAAGGAGGUGGUCAUCAAUCAGCAGGUGGUUAAACUCAAAUACUGCUUCACUUGCAAGAUCUUCAGGCCGCCUCGAACCUCCCACUGCAGCCUGUGUGACAACUGUGUGGAGCGCUUUGACCAUCACUGCCCUUGGGUCGGCAACUGUGUGGGAAAACGGAACUAUCGCUUUUUCUACACCUUCAUCGUCUCGCUGUCUUUCCUCACGGCCUUCAUCUUCGGUUGUGUAACCACACACCUGGCUCUGAGGUCACAAGGAGGAAAUGGCCUGGUUAAUGCUCUCCAAUCGAGUCCUGCCAGUGCUCUCGAGUUGGUGGUCUGCUUCUUUUCAGUAUGGUCUAUUUUGGGCCUCUCUGGCUUUCAUACAUACCUGGUGGCUGCAAAUCUUACUACCAAUGAGGAUAUUAAGGGCUCCUGGUCAGGGAAAAGUGGAAAUGAGGAUGUUGGAAAUCCUUACAGCUACAACAGUAUGAUCAAAAACUGUUGUUCUGUACUCUGUGGACCAAUGCCGCCCAGUUUGAUUGACAGACGAGGAUUUGUGCCCUCUGAUGACUCCGUCCAGACCAGUCCUGUGGAAAUUGAACUCCCAGCUGCUAAAAACGACAUAAACAUGUGCACACAGGGCACCAAAGGUCUCCUGGAAACAGCCUCUCGAUCUCCUCUCCUCACAAGCUCGUGUCCGCAGGCCAAACCUCAAGCCACGCCGGCCAUGCUGGAGCCUCUUCCGGAGAUCGUCCCGUCACCUGCCCUAGAGCAACCCAAGACCUCUACAGGACGCCAAGCAACCAGCACCCCUCACAAACAUCACUCUCACCACAGAUCUAAAGGAAAACAAGCUGCUCAUCACACUCACAAGACCACCAACUCCUCUCCAAGACCCCAUCACAGCCACAGUUCACGACGGAAAGACUCCAAGAGCAGAGACCCAAAAUUUACUUCUCUGCGCUGAGGAAGACCUUUAGGUGUUGAUUGAUUCUAUGGAUUAUUUCAGUUUGUCCUUGAUUGAUCAGCUUCAACUGCGACACUUAGACAAGUCUGAAGUUUCCACAAAGACUUCCAUGUUUAGCAAACGAUGCCGGUUUUACAGUUCUGUAGAGGAAAAUGGUCAACUCCGCAAUCUGUAAAAGUAAAAACUUCUGUUAAAAGAUGAUCAGAAAUGCUUUGUAAAUCAUGUGCAAAGCAUUUCCAAAGACGAGCACAAAAUGUGAACUGCAGAGCAACUGCCUUUAAACAUUGUCAAUCGAGACGCUGAGUUCCAAAUGAGCUUCAUCAGAACAGCAAUAAUGGAACAAGAACACUGUCGUCCUCUAUUGACAUGAACUCUGGGAUUCACUUCUCCGGCCUCAUUUAGGUCUCUUCGAGGAUGGUUUGGUUAAGCUUCAGUAAGCCAGAACUGUCUUCUUUAUGCAAAAAAUACAAGAGCAUGCCUGGAGAAUAUAGCUCCCAAUCAAUCUUCAUCCCUCAUGUCGAACGAGAAAUCUUACCCACAAUUCUCUUUCCUUCGAAAGGACUGCAGCAUGAUUUUUUUUUUUUUGUAAAAUAUUGUGUUUAAAACAUGGUAUUCAGUGUGCACAAGUACCUGCUAAUGUGGAUGAGAUGAUGCCCUCAAGUCCCCUGAUCUAGUUGAAAAGUAACAUGAGUGUUUCUUUCUAAACCUCGUCACAAGUUCUGCUGUUCUUCACGUUGCAUUCCUGACCCACUGUUUAGCAGUAAUUAGUCUUAAUGCACUAACUCUCAAAGCAGCAAUACUGUAAUGUUUUAGUUUUUCAUGGUUCGACUCGUGUGCUGCUGUGUGUGUGUGUGUGUGUGUGUGUGUGUGUGUGUGUGUGUGUGUGGACAACUUUUUUGUAUGUGUGUGUUUGUAUGGGAUUGGGAAUGUGGGUGUUGUAUUGUUAUCCAGGUUUUGACUUAAUAUGCAAACUGAAUGUUAUUUAUGAAUGCUGAAAUUGAUUCUCUGUUUCUCAAGACCUCUGCAACAUUUGCACAAAUAAAUACAAAGAACUAACAGGCCAGGCUGGAGUUUGUGGUACAUUUUGCCGCCUUACAAACGCCAGACUUGGAGUUCACAUGUGUGUGUAUGUAUAAUAAAAGGUUUGCACAGCACGUUAUUUUCAUCUUUGUUAAUGCCAGGGUAUGUGUGAAGCCUGUUUUUUUAUUGCCAUGUGAGAGGAAAUAUCACUUGCCAAUUCUG